AUGUCGUUUUAUUCUUUCUCGCUUACCGGCACUGGAUACUCCUUAUUUCAUUCUUUCUCUUUUACCGACCUCUGUAUACUCUUUAUUUCAUUCUUUCAAGUUUAUCUGUCCUGUAUAAUCCUUGUCUCCAUUCUUUCUCUCUUAACGGACCCUGUAUACUCCUUGUUUCAUUAUUUCUCUCUUAACGGCCCCUGUAUACUCCUUGUUUCAAUCUUUCUCUCUCAACGGCCCCUGUAUACUCCUUGUUUCAAUCUUUCUCUCUCACCGGCCUCUGUAUACUCCUUAUUCCAUUAUUUCUCUCUUACCGGCCCCUGUAUACUCAUUUUCCAUUAUUUCUCUCUUACCGGCCCCUGUAUACUCCUUGUUUUAUUCUUUCUCCCUUACCGCCCCUGUAUACUCCUUGUUUCAUUCUUUCUCUCUUACCGGCCUCUGUAUACUCCUUGUUUCAUUCUUUCUCUGUCACCGGCCCCUGUAUACUCCUUGUUUCAUUCUUUCUCUGUCACCGGCCUCUGUAUACUCCUUGUUUCAUUCUUUCUCUAUUUCCGGCCUCUGUAUACUCCUUUUUCAUUCUUUCUCUCUUACCGGCCCCUGUAUACUCCUUUUUCAUUAUUUCUCUCUUACCGGCCCCUGUAUACUCCUUGUUUCAUUCUUUCUCUCUUACCGGCCCCUGUAUACUCCUUGUUUCAUUAUUUCUCUCUUACCGACCCCUGUAUACUCCUUGUUUCAUUAUUUCUCUCUUACCGACCCCUGUAUACUCCUUUUCCAUUAUUUCUCUCUUACCGGCCCCUGUAUACUCCUUGUUUUAUUCUUUCUCCCUUACCGCCCCUGUAUACUCCAUGUUUCAUUCUUUCUCUCUUACCGGCCUCUGUAUACUCCUUGUUUCAUUCUUUCUCUGUCACCGGCCCCUGUAUACUCCUUGUUUCAUUCUUUCUCUGUCACCGGCCUCUGUAUACUCCUUGUUUCAUUCUUUCUCUAUUUCCGGCCUCUGUAUACUCCUUUUUCAUUAUUUCUCUCUUAAAGACCCCUGUAUACUCCUUUUUCAUUAUUUCUCUCUUACCGGCCCCUGUAUACUCCUUGUUUCAUUCUUUCUCUCUUACCGGCCCCUGUAUACUCCUUGUUUCAUUAUUUCUCUCUUACCGACCCCUGUAUACUCCUUGUUUCAUUAUUUCUCUCUUACCGACCCUUGUAUACUCCUUGUUUCAAUCUUUCUCUCUCACCACCCCUGUAUACUCCUUGUUUCAAUCUUUCUCUCUCACCGCCCCUGUAUACUCCUUGUUCCAUUAUUUGUCUAUUACCGGCCCCUGUAUACUCCUUGUUUCAUUCUUUCUCUCUUACCGACUCCUGUAUACUCCUUGUUUCAUUCUUUCUCUAUUUCCGGCCUCUGUAUACUCCUUGUUUCAUUCUUUCUCUCUUACCAGCCCCUUAAGAGAGCUACGCUCAUCUAUCUAUCUAUCUAUCUAUCUAUCUAUCUAUCUAUCUAUCUAUCUAUCUAUCUAUCUUCCAGUGGUCCUUAUCUAUCUAUCUAUCUAUCUAUCUAUCUAUCUAUCUAUCUAUCUAUCUAUCUAUCUAUAUUUCCUUCCCCGUAAAAAACUAAUUUCAUCGCUAAUUUUUCUCAGAAUUGCUAUCGUCGCCAUUUUUAUCAGAUUGAGUUCCGAAAACUUCCAGUUUUUUCUUUGA